AUGAAGGAUUCGGUGGACUCGCGGGCGUCUUCUUCGCAGCGGCGGCGUUCCUCGGGGACGCACCCGCUGGAGUGGAGCACGCAGCGCGUGCGCCGCGUGUCUUCGGGAUCGAACGUCGCCUCGGCGGUUAGUCCGGAGGACUUUCUCUUCUUCGAGCAGUUGCCGAUCGUCCUCGACUUUGGCGCGGCCUUCUGCAAAGCAGGUCUGGGCGGCGAGCCGGAACCGCAGUGCAUCUUUCGCGCGCAAGACCUCGGGAAAGCUCCGGAUCCCGUCAAGAGCCUCUCGAGUGUCUACGUGAAGCAAACUGCUGUGGAAACGCACGCGACGGCCAAGAGGCGACUGCGCCUGAAACUCGACGAGCUCUUCUUCCGCCGCCUCAUGAUCCAACCUAGGGAUCGCGCCGUCGUCAUCUGCGAGGGCCUGAUGAAGAACCCCGUCGAAAAGGCCGCUCUCGUCGAACUUCUCUUUGAGAUCUACGGCGUCCCAAGCAUCUCGUUCAUCCCCGACCUCGUCUCCCCCCUGUACUGCUGCGGCCUGGACACAGGCAUCGUCGUCGACGUCGGAUAUCAGGAAACGCGAGUUUUAGCGACAGUCUUGGGGUGUCCGUACCUCCGCUCGCUGACCGUCGCGGGUGUGGGCGGGGCCUCGGUGGACCGCGAACUUCGCCAGUUGCUGCGGAACGCAUUUGCGAACGAUCCGUCGACCCUCACUCUGGUCGACUGCCUCUCUCCAGACCAGAUCGAAGACAUCAAAGUCGCCUGCUGCUACGUCGCCUUCGAUCUGGAAGAAGCCGCGCAGCUGCGGCGGGGCAGAGACAAGGGAGACAAGGGGGCGAAGAGAGACACCAGCGGCGCGCAGGCUGUCGGACCGGAGACGCGCGAAGAAGCGCUCCGCUUCGCGGAUGUCGAGAGCGGAGUUAAACCCUUCAAAAGCGACAAGGCGGUUCAGUUCCGUGUCAGUGGGGAGGCGACACUUACCAUCAGUUCAGAAAUCCGCUGGAAAGCAUGUGAAAUUCUCUUUGGCGCUGCGGAAGGCGCCGUGACUUCCAUUCAGGAGGCCGUCGUCGAAUGCAUUCGCAAGUGUCCCUUCGAAAUGCGCCGAUCGGUCGUGCAAAAUGUGCUCCUCUGUGGAGGCACGACCCAGUUCCGAGGCUUCACAACUCGCCUGGCCGUGGAACUCGAAGCGCAUCUCGCCCAAGAACCGAAGCUUCAAACUCUACGACGUCUUGUCCAGUUUGGCGUGCCGUGCUUCGCUCCGCUUUUGCGCGCCUGGACGGGAGGAUCCAUGCAUGCUGGCCUCGAAGGCAGACAAGAGUACACAAAGGCUGAGUACGAGCGCGGAAUGCCUGUGCCCGACUGGACGUCGUGGAUUUUCCACUCCCUUCCGCCGUCAGGCGAGGCGGCGCCGACACAGGCUUCUGUGGGAAAUGCGCCCGAGUGUCAAGAGCCUUCUCCAGAGGCACAGUGGGGUGGCGGUUUCUCCGAAGAAGCUGCCGGAGAAGGGUAA